AUGACAUCGAAUAUUGCAAGUAAUAAUUAUCGUUUUAUAUGUCAAUAUAGUCGUGUAUCAAUUUGUCUUGAUUUUGAAUUAAUAUAUGCUCAACAAAAUCAACGUGAAGCAUUUUCAAUAAAUGAAUUAGAUGAAACACGUUAUCGUCUUAAUCAUUUAUUAUCAUGUCAACAAAAUCUUGAUGAUACAUGGCGUUUAUCGCGUUGGCUUGUACAUGUUAUAAAUUGUGCUAAAGAUAAAACAUAUUCUGGUAUAUCACUUAAACCAUUUCAAUCAUCAUCAUCAUCAUCUUUACAAUGUUCAUUAGAUUCAAAUAAUUAUUUAAGAAUGAAAAAUAUGAAUACUUUUAUUGAUUUCGAAGAUAAUACAAUUGAAUUAACAUUUCAUAAAUCAUUAUUAACAUCAAAUACAUAUAUACCAUUUAAAUUACGAAUAAAUAAAAUGAUAAGAUUAAAUGAAAUUUUAAAAAUUAUUUUAAAACAACAACAACAUGAGACUUUUUUUAAAUCAAAUUCAUUAUUAAAUUUUGUUUGGGUACGUUCAAAUCGAUGUGAAUAUAUAAUUGAAGAAAAUUUAACAGCUUAUGAAAUUCAAACAUGUCUUUUACGUUUUGGUGGACAAAUUCAUAUACGUUUAAAUAGUUCAUCAUCAGCAAAUUCAUCACCAACAAUUAGUAAAACAUCAAAUUUAUUUCCACCUACAUCGGAAAUCAUUUCAAAAGGACCUGGAUCAAGUUUAAGCUUGAACAUGUAA